CCGCCCGGGCGCUUCCCCGGGAGCCCGGCGGCGCCGGGCCGAGCGCUGCCCCGGACAUGAGGAUUGAGGCCGGCGGCGAGCGCCGAGCAGCACGAGCGGCCGGUGCCGUGGGCCGCGGGGCUCCUCGGGGCCAGCGCGGCUGAGACACGCGGUGAGAUAAGCGGUGAAACACGCGGUUCCUGUACCUGGGAAAUCUGAAGAAAUCCUCUCAAACCAAACAGAACUCACAGGUUGCCAUGUUUAUGUUGCUUGUGUUUGGAUUGCUACUGCAAGAAACUCUGGCUAAUUCCCAAGCUGAAAAUCCUACUGAAUUCCCAAACAUUCCAGAAGAGCCACUCUAUAGCUACAAAGCCAUCAACCUCCCAGAUGAGCAUAUCCCCUACUUUCUGCACAAUAACCAGCAUGUUGCUGACAUCUGUAAGCAGGAUGCUCUUUGCCCAUACAAAAAACACUUGAAGAAACUGAAAUCCUGCUGGGGUUAUGAGAAAUCUUGCAGAUCAGAGAAUAGGUUCCAUUACCCAGUGUGUGAUUAUGUUGAAACUGGGUGGGCAAGUGACAUUGAGACAGCCCAGCAGAUAUUCUGGAAACAAGCAGACUUUGGAUAUGUUCAAGAGAGGCUCAGUGAAGUGAAAACCCAUUGCAAGCCUGCAGCAACAGGGGAUUCGUCUCUGACCUGUUCCCAGUACCUUCAGCAUUGCAGAGCAACAAACUUGUACAUUGAUUUACGAGCUGUAAAGAGAAACCAUGACAGAUUCAAAGAAGACUUUUUCCAGAAGGGAGAAAUUGGAGGUCAUUGCACCCUCGACGUUCGAGCAUUUUUGGCUGAAGGUCAACGCAAGAGCCCUCUGCAGUCUUGGUUUGCAGAACUCCAGACAUUCACUGCAUUAGACUUCAGACCUCUAGAAGAUGAGAAGUGUGACAUUGUUAUUGAAAAGCCAACGUACUUCAUGAAAUUAGAUGCAGGUGUUAAUAUGUACCAUCACUUCUGUGAUUUUGUCAAUCUUUACAUUACCCAGCAUAUCAAUAAUUCCUUCAGUACGGAUGUCAACAUAGUCAUGUGGGACACUAGCUCAUAUGGCUACGGUGACCUGUUCAGUGAGACAUGGAAGGCAUUUACUGACCAUGAAAUAAUUCACUUGAAAACUUUUGACUCCAAAAGGGUGUGCUUUAAAGAAGCCGUGUUCUCUUUGCUGCCCCGCAUGCGCUAUGGAUUGUUCUACAACACACCUCUGAUCUCUGGCUGUCACGGUACGGGGCUGUUCCGAGCCUUUUCCCAGCAUGUGCUGCACAGAUUAAAUAUUACCCAGGAGGGACCCAAGGAUGGGAAAAUUCGAGUCACCAUCCUCGCACGCAGCACAGAUUACCGGAGAAUAUUAAACCAGAAUGAGCUUGUGAAUGCUUUGAAAACAGUGUCAACGCUGGAGGUCAGGGUGGUGGACUACAAGUACAAGGAACUCGAGUUUUCAGAGCAAUUGAGAAUUACCCACAACUCUGAUAUAUUCAUUGGGAUUCAUGGAGCUGGACUGACCCACCUGCUCUUUCUGCCAGACUGGGCUGUUGUGUUUGAGCUGUACAAUUGUGAAGAUGAACGUUGUUACCUGGAUUUGGCAAGGCUGAGAGGCAUUCAUUACAUCACUUGGAGGAAAAGGAAUAAAGUAUUCCCUCAGGAUCAGGGACACCACCCAACACUGGGAGAACAUCCAAAAUUUACAAACUACUCCUUUGAUGUGGAAGAAUUUAUGUAUUUGGUGCUUCUGGCUGCAAAUCAUGUUUCACAGCAUUCGAAGUGGCCAUUUAGGGUAAAACAUGAUGAAUUCUAAAUUAGACUUCUGAUUGAAAUACUGUUUUUAAUUAAUCACAGAAUGGUCUGAGUUGGAAGGGAUUUUAAAGCCCAUCUCAUUCCAUCCCCUGCCAUGGGCAGGGACACCUUCCACUGUCCCAGGCUGCUCCAAGCCCUGUCCAGCCUGGCCUUGGGCACUUCCAGGGAUCCAGGGGCAGCCACAGCUUCUCUGGGCACCUGUGCCAGGGCCUGCCCACCCUCCUAGCAAAGAAUUUAUCCCUUGUAUCCAAUCUAAACCCACUCCCUGUCAGUUUGAAGCCAUUCCCCCUUGUCCUGUCACUACAAGCCCAUAAAAAUAUAAAUUUCCCCCAGUGAGGGAAAUAACCCAUUGUUAAUUAGUCAGACCACUGCUUAGCACCUUGUCUUUAUAAUUCCUUUCUAAUCUGUGAGGUUUUGAUAUGUAAAAACUAUUUUUCAGACUAUUUAUGGGUUUUUUGCACUGUAUUUCUACAUUCCUGAUUCUGAAAUACUCUUUAUACAGAGAUAUGUCCACCCAUUUCAUGUAAGGUUUUCUGGGGUAGAUCCAGGGUCAACAGACACUGCAAGCUUCUACUUUAAAUUUAAAAACAUUUUCACAUUAGAGAGCACAGUCUAAUGAUUUUGCAUUUAAAUAUAAACUUUGACUCUUGUCCCUGUAGUUAUAAAUGCUCCAAUACGAGAAAUCUGCACAGUAGGUUCACUGAGUUUUCUGUCUCAGAGCAGGUAAAUAUUUUCCUAAGUGAGUACUUAAAAAUUCAGGUAAUCUGGGUGUUUCCUACUUUUUCACAAAACCCAGCACUCUGCAUUGGAAAGCUUGAGAAAAUUGGAAUAAAACUUGAAUUUUUUGAGGAUUCUAAAGGGAAUGGCCUUCUAGUUUUUUAAGGGCAGAUGAUAAAUUGUGUAGAGUGUUUUUGAGUUGCAACUGAAAGGAAAGGAACUGAUGAGGAUCCCUGUUCUUGGAGUCACUAAAAGCCUAAUUUUCAAUAUUCUUGUUUCCUCAAAAUGUUGAAGAGUUAAUCCAGAAAACUUUUAAAAUGAAAUCUUUCCAAAGCCAGUAGCACAGUUCACCAUUUUCAGUGAAGGGAAUAUUAAACCAAAGCUGAAUUCUUUUUGAAAUUCCCCCUGGAGCUGAGAUGUUCUGGUGGGGAAAAUAAAGGUAGUAGUUCUUGUGUCUUAAGUGGGGCCAGGAGGAUGUGCAGAAGAAUCAAGUUCAGUGAGAUAAAACCCUGGAGUUGUGUGUUAAAUUAUGGAUUUUUUGGGGAAUGUAUCCCCGUGCUGGACUUGCUGUUCAGCCAUGCAGGUGGCUCGGGGCAGGCACACGUUUGUAUGGAAAAGAGGAGAGUUCUGCUAAAUACAAACAUUUCACUGCUCUAAUUGUAGAUGGUAUUGACUUCCCUUCCCCUGCAAUUUCACAGAGUGUGGGUGCAUUUACUGACCUGUCUGUACUGGUAGGGAUGAGUUGCUGUAAGCACAAUUUUCAUAUGGAUCUCUCACCACCUUAAUCAGUGCAUAGGGGAAGCUGGGGAGAGCCGAGACCUUCAUAUAUUUUCUGUAUCUGGUGCAAUUCUUCCUGGAGAGUGUUGUUUUGUGGAGAAAACUGUUUCACUUUAAAGGACCAUAGAAGCAAAAUUGCACUUCUUAAUAUGAGGGGAAAAAAAAAAAAGUGCUAGAGCAAUACCAUUUCUUGUAUUUGUAUGUGUCAGUUGGGGUUUUCACCUUGUGGGAUUUUUAAAGUAAAAAAAAAAUAUAUAUAAAACCUAAGCCAGUAAAAUGUCUGUGUUUGAAUGAAACCAAGUCAAAGGAAAGAAGACAUUUGAUUAUGAACAGUGUACAUAAUUUUUUUUAUUAAAAAAGCUUUUUAAUUAAAAAAAAGGUGUAAGAUUUUUGGUAAUUUGCCAGGUUUUAGAGGCAAAUGGUUUUAAUACUAUUAAUUGCAGGGACUCACAUGUCUGCUUUCUCCUGCCAUGACAGGCUGAUGUUUUAAGGUCCAAAGUGAUAUUCAGGUCUAUUUACUUAAGAACCAUUCUAUUUACUUAAUGAACCAUCAUCAUUCAGUGAUGCUGCCACCCUGCACUGCUGGUUUUAGUGCAGGGGGUUUGAAGACUGGUUUGUGAAAAUCUUUGUUUCUAUUGAACUUCCUGUGAGGCUGCUGAAGGCAGUGAGUGAGUGCUUGGGUCUGCACAGGAGCAGCUAAUGAGGAGCUGCUCUUUCAAGUGGUCACUAAAACAAAUGGUUGAACAUAUGUGUAGAGGAGAGGCUGCAGGGACUUAAUCCAAGGGCAAAAUAUCCUGCCAACAUUCACCAGUUUCAGCAAAUUUGAGUGCAGUGUCAACACUUGAUGGCCAACGUGUUAUUCAGCCUUUAUGGCUUAAUAUUGCUGGGAGGAAAAGAUUGUGUUGAUUAACUUCACAAAUAGUACAAAAUUUUCUUGGCAGCAGAAGGAGGUUUGGUUGGAUUUUUGGGUUUUGCCAAUAAAUCCUGAGGGAAUUUGCACAACAGCAGAAGUCUGGAUUGUGACUUGAAGAGCAUCUGGACCAUCUUGGGUCUGUCUGGAAGUUGGAAUUUGAGGGAAUCAAAGAGAGACUUAUGGCAGGAUAUAGCUCUGGGUUAAGUUUUCCUACCAUGGGAAGUUCUUUCUUACUUCUGAUUUUUUUCAAAUUUUUUUUGGUGUCUCCAGUUUACCCAAGUUUAGAGUCUUAAGGGGCACCUUGGCAUCAGUGUGAUGAACUCAGUUUUGGGACUUUGUGUAAUGUUGCAAGUCCUGAAUGCUUUUGGGAUUGCCUGUUUUUCCUGUACAAUGUCAACCAAGAGCUGGAUUUGGAAUAAAAAAUAAUUUAUGGAUG